AUGUCAGGAACACCCACAGCCGUUAUCUCAACUCCUGCGGCGGUGCCUUUGGGUCCAAUGGAACAGCAGCAUGUAUUCGUGGAGUUUACACAACUCCGUGAAAAGACCAAGGGAGUGCUGGAACCAAUCACUGCCAUGCUGGCAAAGCAUGAGCAAGUGAUCCGGACCUUUGGGGCUGUGGAACAAAGGACCGUGGCCUCAGAGGCUGUGACGGAGAGCUCCAAGGGGGGGUUCCACCUGAAGGUUCUUUUGUUGCUGAUCAUCGUCUCUGCAAUGGGAGGUACAUUUCAGCACGGACUGAAUAUGGUUCUGAUUAAUGCACCGUCAGUUUACAUUAAGUAUUUUAUCAAUGAGACUUGGCUGGAGCGCUACGGUACAGCAAUGGAAGAACAUGCGUUGAAAGCGACCUGGUCAAUCAUUGUGUCAGUGUACUCAAUUGGAGCUGUGUUUGGAGCACUGAUCGCCGGACACCUCUCAGUGAAAUAUGGAAGAAGGAACUGUUUGACUUUCAACAAUAUUUUGACAAUAGUGGGGGCUUUGUCCGUGGGAUUCAGUCGGAUGGCGAGAUCCUUUGAGAUGAUUCUAGUGGCGAGGUUCAUGUAUGGAGUAACUGCAGGGAAUGGUCUGAAUGUUCACUGCAUGUACCUUAUGGAGUGCUCUCCGAAGAAGUUGCGAGGGAUUGUCACCAUUACCACUGCAAUAUUUAUUUCCGUCGGUAAAUGUUUAGGCCAGAUUAUUGGACUCAGGGAAAUUCUUGGCAGUGAAAGUGUAUGGCCUUUACUGAUGGCCUUCAAUGCUGUACCUGCAUUUAUACAGCUGGUUACUCUGCCCUGGUUUCCAGAGAGCCCCAGAUACCUUCUGAUUGACAAAGGAAAUAGGGCUUUGUCCAUGAAUGCACUUCAAAGGCUAUGGGGCAAGCGCGAUUUUAGUCAAGAGCUUGAGGAAAUGCAGGCUGAACGGACUGCCAUAAAGAAUGAACGGGCAAGAAGUGUGUGGGAGCUCUGCACAGACCCCUCUAUACGAAGCCAACUCCUUAUCAACAUGAUGAUGUCCUUUUUCAUACAACUCAGUGGCAUCAAUGCGAUCUAUUCAUAUGCUUUUGAGCUUUUCCAGGCAGCAGGAAUUCCUGAUGAGAGAAUCCCUUAUGUUUCCAUUGGAACUGGACUGAUUGAAAUGUUUACACUACUGAUCUGUGCAUUCUUGGUUGAACGAGCUGGGAGAAAAACACUCUUCUGUGGAGGACUGGGGCUUAUGAGUCUGUGGACAGCACUCCUAACAGUUACUUAUUCACUGCAGCAACUCGUGAGCUGGAUGCCGUACUGCAGUUUGGUCAUCAUCUUUGCUUAUGUCUUCAGCUAUGGCGUAGGCCCAGGUGGUGUAGCUAUCAUCUUACCCUCAGAAAUAUUCCUGCAGUCUGAUCGCCCAGCUGCUUAUGCCAUCAAUGGCUUCCUCAACUGGACUGGUCUCUUCCUUGUUACAAUCAUUUUCUCCUUCUUGGUGGAGGGUCUGGGUCACCUGUGCUUCCUGAUAUUCUUUGGUGUCUGUUUACUGCUCACUAUCAUGGGCUACUUCAUUCUGCUGGAGACAAGGGGCAAGACCCUGCUAGAAAUCAGUGAAGAGUUCAAGAACAGGAAACUCUGGAAAAACGCACCACUCCGAGUUGCACCAAAUGGGACAAUCCCACAGAGUACAGUCGAGAUCAUCAUGUCAACUGCAUUCUGA